GCUCUGUUAGACUAGACCCCGCGAGAGCCCUGAGUUCUUAGUUGUCAGCCGUCGCUCAUAAGCCGGCAUCUAUCCUUCGCCCUCAGCUUCCUACUAGACUCGUCAGUGUAGUACCCUGAUAACCCGACCUUUCUUCGUCCAAUUCUCGUCCGAUAUUCCUGACGGAUACCGUUGGUCGUCUUCCACGUCUACUCUUAAGGAAUCCGCGUCACUUCUCCGAAACAGUCGCCUUUGAGUACCCGCUGAGAAUAACUCGCUUUUCCGGGUAUCGCAGUGAGAGGUCGCAUUCAGUCGCAUUCAGUCGCAUUCAGUCGCAGAGCUGUGCUGAUUUUCCCUAUGAGACAUGAUUGAUCAGGGAGCCUGAACGUCUGACAUGCGUGAAUAGCCUGGUCGCAGGAGCCAGUUUAAACGGCCAAAUUUAGGAAUCAAAUAUAACAGAAGGUUCUGCGACGGCCGGCGGAUAGGAAGAAGCGUAUUACGCUCUGCAGAACCUGCUUACGAUCCUCACAAGCGACGGCUGUGCGAGAUGGUGUCCAGCCGGCGAGCGGUGCUCCCUGAGGGGUCGCGGGUGGCGUGCCUCGCUUCCUGGGACAACCUCUACCACGCUGGAGAGGUGGUUACCACCAGACGUGCUGCUGGUAGGGAUGGGAAGGGGGCUGGCUUGGCAGCAGGUUCAGUAGCAGCAGGCCCGGAAGCAGUAGGUUCGGCGGCUGCAGGCGCGGCGCUGGCGAGGAAAGGAGCUGACUUUGUGGAUGCUUCGUCAGUGGAGUACUAUAUACACUAUGUGGAAUACAACAAGCGACUGGACGAGUGGGUGGGGGAGAGCCGAGUGGAGCCAUGGACCACCAUGGAUGCCCCCAUGCAUGAGCAUGAGCAUGCGUAUGGGCAUGAGCAUAGCCAUGAUUAUGACUUCAAGCAUGAUCACAUGCAUGACCAUACCCAUAAGCAUGACCGUACCCAUAAGUAUGACCAUACCCAUAAGCAUGACCACCAUCAUGAGAAUGAGCAAAAGCCAUUACAAAGUCACAUGCAAGAGCAUCAUGCUGACGUGGACGCCAAGAGGCGUGCUGACCUGGCUGCUGAUGUGGACACAAAGGCCCACUCUCCUGCUGCUGUUGUCUUAACAGGCCCCAAGAGGAGACGACUAGACGCACCUGGCGCUGCUGCUGCUGCUCCAGGGUGGCAAGAGGGGAUACUUGAGGCGCCUACAAAGCUUGACUCCAGGGCCGCUGCAGGGGUGAAGGAGGAACCAGAUUCUGGUGGUGGUGGUGGUGGUGUAGGGAGUGGGUGUGGAAGUGGGAGGCGGGACAGGGAUGGAGCAGAAGACAAGGGAAGGGAAGGGAGGUUGAAGGAGGGGGGAGGUGGGAACGCAGCUGAAGAUGCGGCUGCUUUGGAGCGGCAGAUGAGAGUGAAGAACGUUGAGACGGUGGAGAUUGGGGAACACGAGAUCGACACAUGGUACUUUUCCCCGUACCCGCCCCACCUUACCAAAAGCGGCCGCCUGUUCAUCUGUGACGCGUGUCUCAAGUACUCCAACAGUCCAACGGCAUACGAGCGGCACCUGGCAAAGUGCCGGCAGAUUCACCCGCCAGGGGAAGAGGUCUACCGCUGCAGGCUCCUUCCCCCCAAUCCUGCUGCCCCUCCACCACACCUCCCCAUAAACCUGUCGCUGGUAACCUCAUUUUCCCUCUGCCCAACGCCCCUGAUGCUGAGCCUGCUGCGGCAGCAGCAAGCACUUUUGGGGCGGAGGCAUCAGGCCGCAGCCGCAGCGGUAUGUAAUGCAGCAGAUGCUGGUGUAGGGGGGGAAUUAGGAAUGGGAGGAGGAGGAGGAGGAGGAGGAGGAGGAGGAGGAGGAGAGGAGGAGGAGGAGGAGGAGGAGGGAGGAGAGAGGGCAGUGAGACUGGGACGGCAGCUACAGGCACAGAGACUGCUGCUGCAGCAGAGGCGUUUGCAGCUCUGCAUAAAGGGUGCUACAGGCCUCGCUGAGUCCACUGUUGCUGCGGUGAGUGGCAGGGGUACAUAUUGCGGCGAAUUUGAUGCACACGAGGAAAAGAACGAGGCGAAGGCGGCAGGUGCUGCUGCUGCUGGUGGUGGUGGCACUAUGGGUGCUGAUGGUGGUGGUGGUGGUGCUGCUGCUGCUGCUGGUGGCACUAUGGGUGCUGAUGGUGGUGCUGGUGGCACUACGGGUACUGGCUUAGAAAAGCAAGCUGCUGAUGUGGCAGGGACGGAGGACGGACGAGAAAUUCUAAGGCAUGAGAAGCCGGGGGCUGGACUGGGGGGUUGUUGCAGCAGAGGGAGUGGGUGGGAAGGGAGAGCGGCAGGGGAACGAGCAGGAUGCAUCAGCCAAAGGGUGCAUGGAUGCAGGGGGACAGGGUGAUGAGGAGCAGAGAUCUGGCAGGGGUGUAGAACGGCAGGGUGGUGGAGGAGAGGCGGAGGUGCAGGCAGUGGUGGUGGUGGCAUGCUGCAUGUGUUUAGGGUUGAUCCAAUGGAGGCCAAGCUU